AUGACCCACAGCACCCAGAGAGCCCACAGAGCCCCUACAAUGCGCUAUAAAUCCCCAACAGAACACCACAGACUCUACAGUGCAGCCAUAGAGCCCACACAGUGUCAAAAUAGUCCCACAGUGUCCUAUAAGGCCCCCACAGUACCCCACACGUCCCACACACCAUCGGGGCCACACUAUCAGCUUCAGCGGGUCCUCAGCAUUCUAAUGACGUCCCAGAAUACCAAGGUCCCAAGGUCCCGAGGUCCCAGGAUUCUAAGGUGCCAGAGUCCCAAGGUCUCAGGGUCCAAGGAUCCCAAGGUCCCAGAAUCUCAAGGUCCCAAGGUUUUAGAGCCCAAGGUCUCACAGUCUCAGGGUUUCAUGGUCCCAGAGUUCCAGGAUCCCAAGGUUCCAGGGUUACAGGGUCCUAAGGUUCCAAGGUCCCAGGGUCCAGGUGCCAAAGAAGAGGUUGUUGUGGGAGCCAUGGUUCUGCUUCGUGGUGGAGGUGGUAGUGCCAACAAGGGGGCAACCCGCGGCCGGAGACGCCCUCUGGUCACCUGGCUCACCCUGCGCAGUGUGUGGCGCACCCGCAAGAUGGCGCGCAAGUCUCCACAGUGCGCCUUACUUGCGUACUACCGGCAGGGCGUGGCUCUACAGUGUCUGGGGCGCCAUGCCGACGCCUUGGCCGCCUUCAGCAGUGGUCUCGCCCAGGAUCCCAAGUCCCUUCAACUACUGGCCGGACUCGUCGAGGCCGCCAUGAAGAGUCCGCUCAAAGCGACCCUGGAGCCGACCUACCAUCAGCUACAGACGAUGCGCCUGGACAAAAGCCCCUUCGUCAUCAUCUCUGUCAUCGGUCAGGAGCUGUUGGCCGCUGGUCACUACACCGCCGCGGUGGUAGUCCUCGAGUCAGCCCUGAAGAUCGGCACCUGUUCCCUCAAGCUCAGGGGCUCAGUCUUCUCGGCGCUCUCUUCGGCUUACUGGGCGCUCAACUCCCUGGAUAAGGCGGUGUCAUACAUGCAGCAGGACCUGGCAGUAGCCAAGUCGUUGGGGGACAUCGCUGGAGAGUGUCGGGCUCACGGUAACCUGGGCAGCGCCUACUUCAGUAAAGGCAACUACAAGGAAGCCCUCACCUCACACCGCUACCAGCUGGUGUUAGCCAUGAAGUGUAAAGACACACAGGCCGCUGCCUCCGCCCUCACCAGCCUAGGUCAUGUGUACACAGCCAUCGGUGACUACCCUAACGCCUUGGCGUCUCACAAGCAAUGUGUUCAGCUGGUGAAACAAAUGGGUGACAAGCUGCAGGAGGCGCGAGAGAUUGGCAACGUGGGCGCCGUCUACCUGGCCAUGGGUGACUUCGACAGCGCCGUCGACUGCCACAUGGAACACCUACGCAUCGCCAAGCACCUCAACAACAAAGUGGAGGAGGCGCGGGCUUACAGUAACUUAGGCUCCAGUCACCACUACAAGCGCAACUUUGACCAGGCCAUCGCCUUCCACAACCACGUGUUGAGGAUCGCUCAGGACUUACGUGACCGUACAAUUGAGGCGAGGGCGUACGCCGGGCUGGGUCACGCAGCUCGCUGUAUGAGUGACUACGGCCAGGCGCAGCGGUGGCACGAGAAGCAGCUGGAUAUGGCCCUCAGUACUAAGGAUAAGGUAGCAGAGGGUCGCGCUUGUUCCAACCUGGGCAUCGUCUACCAGCUCAUGGGCCACCACGACGCGGCCCUCAAGCUUCACCAGGCGCACCUCAACAUCGCCAGACUACUUCAAGAUCGCGCGGGGAUGGGCAGGGCGUACGGUAACAUCGGCAACGCGUACUCUGCCAUGGGCUACUACGAACAAGCCAUCAAGUACCACAAACAGGAGCUGACCAUCAGCAAAGAAGUGAACGAUCGUAUGAGCGAGGCCUCAACCCACGGUAACCUGGCGGUGGCGUACCAAGCGCUGGGGAUGCACGAGAUGGCUCUCCUCCACUACCACUCCCACCUCAACAUCGCCAGGGAGCUCAAAGAUACUGCUGGGGAGGCCUGUGCUCUCCUUAACCUGGGUAACUGUCACUCCUCCAGAGGGGAGUUUGCCCAGGCAGUGCCCUACUACGAGCAGUACCUCAUGCUCUCCCAGGAGCUCCAUGACACUGAGGGCGAGGCCAGGGCCUGCCACUUCCUUGGCUACGCCCACUACUGCCUCGGCAACUUCAAGGAAGCCAUCAGAUACUACGACCAGGACCUGGCGCUGGCUAAGGAUCUUCAGGACCGCAAGUCGAUGGGUCGAGCCUACUGUAACCUGGGUCUGGCACACCUCGCCCUUGGCAACUCAGAGACCGCCCUUGAGUGUCAGAAGUACUUCCUCGCUCUGGCACACAUGAUGAAGCACCUUCAGGGUAAGUUUCGGGCGCUGGGCAAUAUCGGGGACGUGUUGAUGAAGAUGAAGAACUAUGACGAGGCGGUGAAGGUCUACCAGAAGCAGCUCGUCCUGGCCAAGCAGUCCCGUGAUAAGGUUUUAGAAGCUUCUGCCUACGGCGCCCUCGGCCUCGCCCACAGGCUCCUCAAGUGCUUCGACAAGGCCCUAGGAUACCAUACCCAGGAGCUGACGAUCCGACAAGAGAUGGGAGACAUUAAGGGGGAGUGUAAGGCUCAUGGCCACCUGGGAGCCGUCCACAUGUCCCUUGCCAACUACACCAAUGCCAUGAAGUGCUACGAGGAGCAGCUGGAACGGGCCAAGGAGCUCAAGGACGCGGCAUUGGAGGCACAGGCCUUUGGUAACCUGGGCAUCGCGCGCCUCAACAUGGGCCACUUCGAGGACGCCAUUGGGUACCUGGAGCAACAGCUGGCGACGCUAGAACAGCUCUCCACCACUACCGCCGUCGUCGACAAGGGUCGCGCCUUCGGCAACCUCGGUGACUGCUACGACGCCCUCGGCGACUCUGACGAGGCAAUCAAGUGCCACGAGCAGUACCUGGCAAUCGCUCUCAAGACCAAGAGCCCUCGAGACCAGGAACGAGCGUACCGUGGUCUGGGCAGUUCCCACCGGUGUAUUGGCAACCUGCAGCAGGCGCUCGUCUGCUACGAGAAGCGCCUGGUCGUCUCUCAUGAACUCAACACGCCAGCCGCUAAGGGCUCAGCCUAUGGCGAGCUGGGACACAUCCACUCACUUCUGGGCAACUUCGAGCAGGCUAUAUCAUGCAUGGAACAUCAGCACCAGAUAGCAAGGGAGCUGGGAGACAAGUUGUGCGAGGCGGAGGCGGCGUGCGGGCUGGGCACAGUGUACCAGCAGAUGUGUGAGUACGCCACCGCCCUCAGAUACCACCAGCUGGACCUACGCAUCGCCGAGGAACUGACCAACCCAAUCGAGCAGGGCAGAGCUCAUGGCAACAUCAGCCUCGCAUACGAAUCCCUCGGCAACUUCGAGCAGGCGGUGACACACGGCGAACAGCACCUCAGUAUAGCUGCUCAGAUGAACGAUAAGGUGGCCAAGACCCUGGCAUAUGCGUCGCUGGGUCGAGUUCAUCACGCCCUCGGGAACACCACUCAGGCAGUGGCGUACCUGCAGCAGGGCCUUCAAAUAGCUGAGCAGCUGGGCCGGCGCGAAGACGAGGCUAAGAUCCGACAUCGUCUGGGCAUGGCGCUGUGGGGUCAUGGGGACCUGGAGGCUGCCCAGACACAGCUCGACCGCGCCGCCCACUUACUAGAUACCAUACGGAGAGAAGCUCGAGGCUCCCAGGACUAUCGCCUCUCACUUUUCGACCUGCAGACCGCUUCUUAUCAAGCGCUACAGCGAGUCUUAGUUGGUCUGGGCCGCAAUGAAGACGCCUUGCUGGUAGCGGAGCGAGGGAGGACGAGGGCCUUUGUCGACCUCCUGUUUGAGCGUCAGGGGGCCUCAACUACCUCUCGAGCCUCCAGGAUCGAGGACUCCACUCCGGCUUCUGUGGACCAAAUAGUUGAAAUUGUAAACCGGCAGAAAGCCUCUGUCCUCUACUACAGUAUUGCUGCCGGCUGCCUCUACAGCUGGCUCAUAGUACCAAAUAAAGGUAUUGUCAAGUUCAAUGAGGUGAGCGUGAACGAAGUGGAGGCUGAGCGGGAGGGCGACUGUGGGGAAGAUGCGGCCGGCACAAAUGGGUCACUGCUGGAGCAUUAUAUUCAGUCAGUGCGUGACGCCCUCGGGGUGGAGUGUGGUGCUGGUGCCACCCGUGGGGGCAUCGCCAGCGAGACCGAGAGCGAGGCCGGAGACAUGUGGAACGCUCACCUGGAGGAGCUCGGCGACAAGCUCAACCACGAAGCCGAUCGAACUGGCUUCUUGAGGAUGGUCAACAGGAAUCACUUAUUCAACUCUUCCAAUUACUCUUUGUCGUCUCUCUUCUCUUUGGGGUCAGUAAGUGGGUCUAUUGCCUCCGGCCCAGCGUCCCGGCCCGGGUCUACUCGCUCCAGGAGGGUCACAUGGCAGGGACCGUCCUGCCUGCGCUCUCUCUAUGAGCUGCUCAUCGCGCCCAUGGAAGACCAUCUGCCCGAGGCCGGGGUGUCGCGAGAACUGAUGUUGGUACUAGAAGGGGACCUUUACCUCGUCCCCUUCCCGGUGCUCAAAGGCACAAACUGUAAUGACUAUUUGUGUGAACGAUAUUCUCUGCUCGUGGUGCCAUCUAUUAGUGCUCUAAGAGUAAGUCAGAGGUCAAAGAACUCCAAACCCAGCGGUGAACAAACCUCUGCACUUGUUAUAGGUAACCCUAAACUACCGAGUACAGUGACGGAACAGUGGGGGUGGGGGGACAUCCCCUAUGCCGAGCAGGAAGCCACCAUAGUAGCGGAAAUGCUACAGACGAAGGCACUGACGGGAGCGUGUGCCAACAAGGAGGCCAUUUUGAGGCUCAUAUCCCAGGUCGAGUGUAUCCAUCUGGCCUCCCACGUCUCCUGGAAGCUGUCGGCUGUGAUUCUCUCCCCGGGCGAGUUUGUGGAGUCUCGAGCGUCUAAGAGGCUGUCUCACUCCUCUCAGCCUGAGGCCAUCCAUGAGCACCUAGAUGAUGAGGGCUCGGAGAUCGCCUCCACCAUCGACCUCCCGGCACUGUCAGAGUUCCUGCUAACGGCGGCUGACAUCCUAAACCUAAAGUUGCGGGCCAAACUGGUGGUAGUGUCCUCGUGCCACACUCGGGACCAUCACGGGCGAGCCAACAGUGAUGGUGUGGUGGGUCUGACUCGUGCUCUGCUGGCUGCCGGGGCCCAGUGUGUUCUGGUGUCCCUCUGGCCCGUUCCGGACACCGCUGUCAAGAUUCUCUUCAGGACCUUCUACUCAUCACUCCUUCAGGGCGCCCGAGUGAGUCGAGCUUUAUCUGAGGCCCAGCAGACGGUGCAGACCACCAAGCACUUCGCCCACCCCGCCAACUGGGCUGGCUUCCUCCUGAUAGGCGCUGACGUCAAGCUUUCAAAUAAGGUGGCGCUGAUGGGCCAGGCAUUGUGUGAGCUGCUGCGAACGCCAGACAAAUGCCGAGAUGCUUUGAGGGUGACUCUACACCUGGUGGAGAAAUCCCUACAACGCAUCCACCGUGGUCAUCGUAACGCCAUGUACACCACACAGAAGUCCAUCGAGAACAAAGUCGGUAACGUCACGGGCUGGAAGGAUCUGCUGAUGAGUGUCGGGUUCAGGUUCGAGCCAGCGGCCAACGGGAUUCCAAGCAGUGUCUUCUUCCCCCAGAGUGACCCCGGCGAGCGCCUCACCCAGUGUUCCGCCAGUCUUCAGGCUCUUCUUGGUCUCUCACAGACGUCCCUACAGGCGGUUUCCAAGCUACUAGACUCACCAGAGUACGCGGAGGACGUGAUCUCCGUGAUGAGGGCCGUCAUUACCCAGUUUACCUUGAAGGACUUAGAGAGCGAGUCUAUUGAAGUUCCCGUCCAUGUCAAACUGUGGAGGGUGAACGGCUGCCAUGAACUUCUCGCCUCUUUAGGAUUCGACUUGAUGGAGGUGGGGCGAGAUGAGGUGACGCUACGUACAGGGAAACAGGCCAAUAAACGCAACAUACAAUUCGCUCAUCAGGCCCUCCUCGCUCUGUUCGACACCCAAGAUGCCCCAAAGAGCCUCAGUGUGGACUCAAGCAGCAGCUUGGAGUCCCUAGUGAGUACCGACGAUGAGGACGAGUCCGUGGCAGCUCCACCUCCACCACCUCCGCCCUCUCAGCCGCUCCUUCCUCACCGCUCUGUCCCCCUCCUACUGGGUCGUGGUGCCUUCUCCAGUUACGUCAGGAACCGCGGUGAGCCAGAUGGCGCCCGGGCCUCCACCAGCGAGCAGAAGGGGCGGGAGAGUGACGCAGCUUUCACGCCUUCACCUGUCGACCCCGUUGCCAAAUACUCACAAGCUUUCCGUCCUAACCACGGGCCCCCAAGUGAUACAGGGUCGCCCCAGCCCUCCCCGCGCCUUUCUCUCACUCUUGCUCACCAGAACAAGAUACGAUCCAUGUACACUUCAGCGUCUCCAGCAAGUGACGGGGGCGGCAAACGACCCGACAGUUCCAGCAGUACCAGUAGCAUGACAGACUGGGAAAGUGGCCAGGCAACAGUGAGGCGCCAACCUUUGGCCAAGCCCAUCAUCGCAUCUAAAGCUCCCGUGUCCGCCCACAGCCGCGUGAGUGACGUCAGCGCCGGGUUUAUGAGGCCACAUUACGUCUCCAUCAACAAGAGUAACUCCCAGGCCUCCUCCGGGUUUGAAUCCCAAAGUUCAGAUUCAGAUUUUGGACCCAGAAGAACAGGGACGGUGAGGAGUGUGUACACGACUGUGGGCAGCGCUGCCACACUCAAGCUGAGCAAGAGUGCGACCAUGGACACCCUGGACCGCCUCAGUGUCCGCACGGAGGUGGGUCGCCCUACGCUGGGUGGGGCUCGUGGUCGUCGUGACCGCAGUAGUGAACGUGAGUUGUCUGCUGAGGUUGCCGAAGGUCAAGCCUCUAGCUCUGGCGCCAACGUGACCUCCACCACUACCUCUGAGGUCAGCGAGGCCCGGCAGGUGGUGCAGGCAAGAAAGAUGCCGGAAGUGCAGCUGGACUCCUCCAUCGGUAAGCUGUUACGUCCACGCACAAACCACGCAGCAACCAUCCACGAGAACGACUCACUCUACAAUUACCGUUCAGGUGAUGAGAUGUCCAUGAAGAUGAGUCACAUGGGUCACAAGAGUAUCCAAGAUCACAUCAUUGCCACACAGAUGUCGCGCCUCAACAGAGAGAUGCCCAUCAGUGACGUCUAUCACGAGAGGAAUUUGGGCCUCGGUUUAGCUCCUCCUCUGUCAAAACUUCUCAUGUCCACUGCUCAGCCCAUCGUCGCAUCUGAUCAUGCAGACUCCGAAAGCAAAUCAGCAUCAGAGGACAGCUUUGGUAACUUCGACAAGCUGUCUCUUGCUGACGACAACCAACUAGCUCUGCCACCUAAACCCGACUUUAAACCGAAGCCACCACCCAUCCCUCCCAAGAGAUUUGGGCCCAAGCCCUGGGUGUCUGCUCAUCCACAGAUUCCAAAUAUCGGAGUUAGCCUAGACACGUCAGCAGGACUCCCACAGUCUAGUGUGGUGUCUGAGCUGAGCAGACGUGAUGAGGGCGACGGUCGCUCCAUGACAGACUCUCACUACUCUGGGUACUCUCCCUCACGGAACAACGGAGGCAACAAGCAGGGAGACCUCAGCGGAUCUGUGCCCUCGUCCUCCCAGAGUCGAGGAUAUUACGACCUUAAAGGAGGAGCAGGAGUCGGGAGCGCCGAGAGAGAGCAAGAUACCUUAGGAACACUGCCAUCUGCUGGGAUGGCGGGCAUGUCCUCACGCUCUGACGAGCCCAUCCUCCACACGGUGGCCGAGCUCAACACCUACGCUGCCUUCAACCCCGCAUAUGAGCAUGAUGAACCCAUGAGCGUUGGGUCUGUAGGAGCGCGGAUAGGUUCCUCCGAGAUCGCCGAAUACAUGGAGCAGUUACUAGGUACGACUGAACCCUCAGAAAACGAUCAGUCAGACGAGGCGUCGGAAGUGAAGACCAAAACGUGUAAGCGACCCGGGAAACACCCGUCCGCCUGGAGUAAAGCCAAGAGCCAUAAACAGUUCUCUCACCACGCUCAGCAGUCCUCGUCUUGCUAGCGUUUACCCAAAUGUGCUGAGCACCACCCACUUGCAGGAACUUAAGUGAGGACAUUUCUCCAUCUGUGUUAGUGAGUGUGCUCAGUGCUAUGUGUCCCUGUAUAUAGGUGUAUUUAAGUGGACUAGGCGUGCAUGGGGGAGUGUGUGUUGGGGGGAGCAUCUCGAGGACCCCUGUCUUCGCCAAGUAAGAGUGCCAAGUGAGUGAUGCCAUAUCAUGUGUUGGGAGACGAGGGAGGAUCGAGGGACAUCUGUCGGUGCCAAAGCAUUACAAAAAAAUAACCUGUCCCUUAUCACGUGUGCCUUCCCAAAACAGUUCAAAAGACAGUGAGCCAAAAUGUUUUCAUGAGUGUUGAUGGUUCGGGGGAAGAACCAAAUCAUGUACCAGGUGAGAACGAGAACACCACUCGCUUCACUUGUGACUACACCUUGAGGAAGAGAGAGAUGAGGUAUCUAUCUGACAUAUUUCUUCACGGAAUUUAUGGUUUGUAACUUACAGUUCAUUUCAACCCUAAUUAUGUCAACGAUUAUGCUGCAAGAUAAUUAAAUCAUCAACGACCCUCCAAAAAAUCGUGUAUUAAGUCAUUUCUAUAUGAUUAAUUACAUAUGAUGGACAUUCCUACCCUCUAAAUCACUCUUAUUCUGCAAAAACACAAAAACUCAUAGAUACCAUAUUGUUCGAUGCCAAUACACUAAACCAGCUACUUACAUUUUUAUCGUAAAAGAUGAGAAUGUAUCUGAAAUUAUAUAUUUAGUUCUGCUGCAUGCUGUCACGCUCGUCGGUAAGUGCCACACGCAUACAGUCAGUAUUGUGUCUAAAUCUACAUCGUGUUUUGCCACGGUCGAGGUGUGUGUGUGUGUGUGUGUGUGUGUGUGAUGUUGGUCGUGAGGCAGCAGUAGAGGUAGGGUAGGUAGGGAGGAUGGGGAUCGAUUUAUUAAGUAUUACCUGGUGCUGAGAGAUUUCAGAGGUGAAGAGAAGUGUUUUAGGGAAGUAGAAGUAUGUUAGAUGAGGAAGAGUGUGUUAGGGAAGUGUGAGUGUGUUAGGGAAGUAUGAGUGUGUUAGGGAAGUAGAAGUAUGUUAGGUGAGGAGGAGUAUGCUAGGGAAGGAGGAGAGUGCUAGGGAAGGAGGAGUGUGCUAGGGAAGGAGGAAUGUGUUAGGGUAGUAGCUAGAAUCUUUAUAAGCGAUAUGAAUGGAGGUAAGACACAGUGUGAUGUCAGGUUGUUGUCCUUAUCCAAAUAUCAAGUGAAUUUUCCUUUUACCUGUACGAAUUUUUAGAAAGAUGAUCUAUGACUGACGAGGUUGUAGGUAGGGAUGCCAGAUAAGGUUAUAGAAGGGAGGAACACAAUCAUAUACCUUGUUACAACAUGAGAUAGGGUUGUUAGUAAUUGUGUUUAUACUCAUCCAGAGAGCCAGAUGAUAUGUGCCUCUGUUGUAAUAUUAUACUUUGGGUGAUAUAAGAAGCAAAAUAUAUAUAUAUAUAUAUAUCAACACACCAUGAGUAUAAUUUUCUUGUUUCAGUGUUGAAGAAAUACAUCAGUUAGUUAUACCAGAAUUUACUCAUUUCACUCACUCACUGUUACCAUGUGUUAAAUGACCGUGUGUGGGACAGGUUGUAUACCGUGAUCAGGUGUUCUGUGACGUGUAUGUAUGUAUGUAUGUAUGUAUGUAUGUGUGUAUGUAUGUAUGUGUUCAUGUAUGCAGGAGAAGCGUCCCGUGUCGUGCCACAUUAAACACUUGGUUGUGUUUCUUUGUAUAUUGUGAUAUAUAUUAUAUGAUUAUUGUAAUAUAUCUUCAUGUAUUAUAUAUAGAAUUUUUCA